AUGCUGAUGGGAAGUCAAAAUGGUUUGGUUUUGUCCACUUUGAGAAUGAAUGCUGAUGAUGCCGCUCAAGCGGUUGAAGCUCUAAAUGUCUGGAGACUUCCAACGUUGAUAGUCCUUAAGCUUCACAGCUGUGAGGGUAUAACAUCAGCUUCAAUGGCUGCCAUAUCUCAUAGUUACUCGUUAAAGCUAAUUGACAUCGGUAUCAUUGGACCUGCCACGCCUGGAGAACAUAAGGCUUGUGCAUUGUCGCGAAUGCAAGAAAGUUUGACCUCGUUGGCAUUGCAAUGCCCGUUCUUGCAAGAAGUAGACCUUACUGAAUGUGAAUCAUUGACAAACUCUAUUUGCGAAGUUUUCAGUGAUGAAGACUUCGCACCUAUUAAGCAUCUGUUUGGGAAUGAUUUCCUUAAGAUUCGAAGCCAUUUUAUGACCAUUGGCAACUCAGAAGUGGAUCUCAUUGCUGUCAGAUUUAGUUUUCUGAAUUACUUUUGUGUUUUGUGGUCUGCACUUUCUUCAAAAAGCCAUCCAAGAAAAAAAAACAUCCGAAAAAUGACUGCUGUGGAAGAGGGAGAGAAUGAGGGUGAAGAUUCUAAAAUCGAGAGUGUAGUGACAUACAAUAAGAAGCUAACUGUUGUUGACAAUAAACUGCACUUCUCUAGUGAGCCUACCAAGGGUUCUAUGAUGUUGAGUCUGACCUAG